AUGACCCAAUUGGCUACUAAAUUGAUUCAUGAUGAUGAUAAGGACAAUCGAGUUUCUGAUGUAGCUCCCCCAAUCAAUGUCUCAACAACCUUCCGUUACGAUAAUAAUGACUUGAUUCCUUGGAAUGAACGUGAAGAUUUAGAUUUCAUGGAAAGGAGACCUAUCUAUUCAAGACUAGCUCAUCCAAAUGCCACCCGUCUAGAGUCCAUCUUCUCUGACAUCUUAGACGGUCACGCCAUCAUCUACAAUUCCGGUGUCUCUGCAUUCUAUGCUGCUGUCGUCUUCUUUAAACCUAAAAGAUUAUUUAUCGGACAAAGCUACCAUGGCUGUCGUGCUGCUGCUAACAUCAUCACUCGUACUAACGGCAUGGAACAAUAUCCAUUGGAAGAUAUCGCCCAGUAUGCACAAGAAGGUGAUUUGAUCCAUUUGGAGACACCCGUCAACCCGUACGGCACAUCUUUUGAUAUCAACAAGAUCGCACAAUUGGCUCAUUCAAAAGGUGCCAGAUUGAUCGUCGAUUCAACUUUUGCUCCGCCACCUUUACAGAACGUUUGGGAGUUCAGUUGUGAUAUUGUCAUGCAUUCUGCUACGAAAUAUUUUGGCGGCCAUUCAGAUUUGUUGAGUGGAGUCAUUGUGGUCAAAGAUCCUCAAGUGGCUAAACAAUUAAGAGAGGAUAGAAUUUAUUUAGGUACAAAUAUUGCGAGCCUGGAGAGUUAUCUGUUGUUAAGGUCUCUAAGGACUUUCGAAAUGAGGAUCCUGAAGCAAUCACAGACGGCUACCAAAAUAGUAAAGUUCUUGAAUGAAAACCGUUCCAGAUAUAAUAAAGUGCUAGAUAAAUUGUACCAUUCUUCUUUACAAAGUGAACCCUUUGUUCGAAAGCAAUUAAAAGGUGGGUAUGGUCCUGUGUUUUCUUUGUCCUUGAAAACCAAAGAACAAUGUAAACAAUUCCCAUUGAAACUAAAAUAUUUCCAUCAUGCAACUUCUUUAGGUGGUAUUGAAUCUUUAGUCGAAUGGAGAGCAAUGACCGAUCCUUAUAUUGACCAAACUUUAAUUAGAGUCUCUGUUGGAUGUGAAGAUCCAAAUGACUUAAUCGAAGAUUUGAAAAAUGCUUUACAAAACUUACAAGAUUCCUAA